GGGGCCGGGCCCGCCGGCUAUGGGGAGGCAUGGAGCCGUCGCUGAGGGCGGUGGAGCGGGGCGGAGCGGAGCUGGAAGGGGCUGGGCCCGAUGGGGUUCCGGCUGUGGGGAGGAUGGAGCCAUCGCUGAGGGCGGCGGAGCGGGGCGGCCGCUUCCGCGCCAGCGAGCACCAGCAUGUUCGGUACAACCCGCUGCGGGACGACUGGGUGCUGGUGUCGGCCCACCGGGUAAAGCGCCCUUGGCAGGGUCAGCUGGAGAAGCCGCCCCCCGAGGAUGUGCCCCGCUGGGACCCCAAGAACCCCCUCUGCCCUGGGGCCACCCGGGCCAACGGCGAGGUGAACCCCAACUACGAGGGUACUUUCGUCUUCCCAAAUGACUUCCCUGCGCUGCAGCCUGAUGCUCCAGAGCCUGAUGACAGUGAUCACCCCUUGUUUCGAGCUGCCCCAGCCCGGGGUGUGUGCAAAGUGAUGUGUUUCCACCCCUGGUCGGACCUGACGCUGCCCCUCAUGUCCCUGCCAGAGAUCCGGGCUGUCAUCGAUGCAUGGGCAGAGCUGGCCACUGAGCUGGGAGCGUCCUACCCCUGGGUGCAGAUCUUCGAGAACAAGGGAGCGAUGAUGGGCUGCUCCAACCCGCACCCGCACUGCCAGGUGUGGGCCAGCAGCUUCCUCCCGAACGAGGCGUGCCUGGAGGACCGGACCCAGCGCCAGCACCUGAGCCAGCACGGCAUUCCCAUGCUGCUGGAGUAUGCGGAGCAGGAGGCUGGCCGAAAGGAACGGCUGGUGGUGGAGAAUGCAGACUGGCUGGUCGUGGUGCCAUACUGGGCUACCUGGCCAUACCAGACCCUGCUGCUGCCCCGCCGCCAUGUCUGUCGCCUCCAGGACCUCAGUGACAGUGAGAAGGACAGCCUGGCCUCCAUCAUGCAGAGGCUGCUCAUCAAGUACGACAACCUCUUCGAAGUCUCCUUCCCCUACUCCAUGGGCUGGCACGGAGCCCCCACAGGCCCCUACCUGCAGGAGGACUGCAGGCACUGGCAGCUCCAUGCCCACUACUACCCGCCGUUGCUGCGCUCUGCCACCGUCCGCAAGUUCAUGGUGGGAUACGAGAUGCUGGCGCAGGCACAGAGGGACCUCACCCCAGAGCAGGCAGCUGAGCGCUUGAGGAGCCUCCCCGAGGUGCACUACAAGAAGAGGGCUGAGGAGGUGUGAUGGGGAGCAGCAGAGCAUCCUGUCCUCGGAUGUGGUGUUCCUUGUCUCUUUCACCAUCCCAGGCUGUGUCUUCUGCCCCCAUAGCAUGCUCCUACCACCACUUAAGGGCUAACCCUCCUUACUAGUCCAGUCUCACUGGUGGGACUGGGAGUUCUGCCCCGUGGAGGGGUACAACCCUCCUGGACAAUAAAACCUGGAAGCAAAGUGCCUCUACCUGUGCUCUUGUGGCUCUUAGCUCUAGGUGGGAGUUUUGGGGUCUCUGGUGAAGACCCCCAGCUGCUGGUGAGGGGUAACACGGGGCUCAGAUGACGUGCUGGCAGCCCUAUACCUGUUGCUCCUGUCCCUGCCCUUGCGCUGCCUCCUCUUCCUCCCUGGGGGGAGCUCUGAGUCUGUCUCUGAGUGCUGCAGGCUUGUGGAGGAGUGGGAAACGGGGUGGAGGAAUGGAUGCAGCCCAAGGCUUAGCUGGAAGAGGGCUGAGCACUGCAGACUUGCUGCACGGAGGCUGCUGGCUGAGAUGCUCAGCCCUGGAGCUGCUCCUCUUAAUCCUCUCUGGGUGGGGCUGCUGGGCAGCAGCCCUCAUGCUGCCUGCUGGGGUGCAGGUUCAUCACUCACCUGGGGGCUGCUGGGGAGUCCUGUUCUUUUCCUGCUGCUGCUCCCC